CGAGAGUGUUACUAUGUACUUAUUUCCCUACCUAGAUUCAAAUAAAGAGACCUCUGUGACUGUUGUAAGUUUCUAUAUUUCUCUUACCGGCCUCAUAGCUCGUUUCUGAAGUUACUAUACUCUUUGAACACUCGUAAGCUUUGUUUGCGUAAUUAGGAAACUUGUUACAAUAUGAUGUUGCUACUUGCUCUUUCUCUGCUGGGCGUUGCCACGUCGGCAGCAUCGCAAUCGUUGCCUGGACUCAUAGAUACCCUCGUGGCAUCUGGAGCCUCGCAAUUUGCGGACUUCAUUCAAUCCGACCCGGAGACCUUGCAGUUAUACCUUUCAGACCAAGUCCAGACGGUCUUUGCCCCUCUAGAUUCAGCUUCGGGUAACGAAACAUUGCAAGAACGAGAUCUGUCUCCGGCACAACGACGUACGGCAGCAUUCCAGUCGGCUAAAGGAACGACAAGCAUCGAUCUUGCCAGUCGCUCGCUACCUGGCUUGAUUCUCAAGACAAACAACAAUGCUCCGUUGUUGAAUAACCAGCCACAACGAGUAGUAGUUGACACAAGGCCUCGCAACCUAACAUCGCCCACUAAGCGGUGGAAUCCAUCCUCCAUUUCUCGACGAGGAGAUAACGGGACAUCAUUGCUUAGGAUCUCAUCCGGACUCGGGAAAACCACCAAUGUCAUCAAGGGAGAUAUUCAGUAUGAUGGUGGCAUACUCCACAUCACGGAUGGCUAUUUCACUAUGCCAGAGUCACUAUCAAGCACAUCUAAAUACACCGGUCAGACGGCUUUCAAUAAUUUGCUUUCAAGCAGUAACUCGACAAACACUUUAGACACAACGCCUUCCGUCACAGUGUUUCUUCCCUCUAACGCCGCCAUCUCUGCUUCUAACUCUAGUAUCUCGGCCUCGCAGUUAGUAUCUGAUCAUGUUGUUGCUGGCACCGUCAGCUAUCUACCGGAUUUGAAAGACGGAACUGUUUUGACCACCCAGAAAGGCGAGACGCUCGCUAUCAGCGUUCGUAGUGGGCGUUACUACGUCAAUGGCGGACUGAUUACACAGGCAAACCUCAUCCUCGACAACGGAGUUGCACACGUGGUUAACAAGGUCUUGAAACCUACACCGGCAACAACCGUCCCAGGGGCUGCGUCGACCAGCUCUAUGAGCUUCAUCGGCGUGUUCGGAGCAAUCUGUGCCGUCGGAAUCGCGACUCUAAUUUGAUUUCCCAGCUGUUGUUGGGGCUGGUAGAACGGUACAGGGGUUAUUCGUAAUAAUUAAUUAAUAUUCUCACUCGGUGGCUUUGGAUUAAUUGGUUGGAAAGGCUUUAUCCCAUGUACGUAUCUGCCUACCUAAUGUACCCAGGUAGGCAGUUCAGAUGAAUACUCAUGUAACAGAAUGGAAGUUGAAUAAAUAUCACCCAAUGAAAACACUCCUUAGCUCCAAUAUAGAGAUGCCUUAGGUAGUCCUAGACAAUGUACCUCAGGUUAUACAACAUAUGCAAUGCCGUUACCCGUAACUUCAUACGUGGACACGACAUAUGCGGCCGAAACAAGAAAGAAGCAAAGCUAUCCG